AAUCGCCAUGUUCAAUGGUAUGAAGGUAAACAGAUUCCUGUCGGUGCGAAGAUUGGUGUGUAGUGUUGUUUCCAUACAGAGUUUUUUGUCCAUGUAAUUACAUUUUGGGAAUUCUAUCGAGGGAGUAAUUAAGAGGGCGCCAAGAUGAGCGAGCCCCAGCAGGUGAGCGCGCUGCCGCCGCCCCCCAUGCAGUACAUCAAGGAGUACACGGACGAGAACAUCCGCAAGGGCAUCGCGCCCAAGCCGCCGCCGCCCAUCCGCGACAGCUACAUGAUGUUCGGCAACCAGUUCCAGUGCGACGACCUCAUCAUCCGGCCGCUGGAGAGCCAGGGCAUCGAGCGCCUGCACCCCGUCCAGUUCGACCACAAGUGCGAGCUCAAGAAGCUGAACAUGUCGAUCCUGGUCAACUUCCUGGACCUGCUGGACAUCCUGAUCAAGAGCCCCGGCAGCAUCAAGCGCGAGGAGAAGCUGGAGGACCUGAAGCUGCUGUUCGUGCACAUGCACCACCUGAUCAACGAGUACCGGCCGCACCAGGCGCGCGAGACCCUGCGCGUCAUGAUGGAGGUGCAGAAGAGGCAGAGGCUGGAGACGGCCGAGCGCUUCCAGAAGCAUCUGGAGCGCGUGGUGGAGAUGAUCCAGAACUGCCUGGCCACACUGCCCGAUGACCUGCCCCUGCAGGAGGGCGCCGCCGGCGGGGCGAGUGGCAGCGGUGGUGCUGGUGCUGGUACUGGUGGUGGUGCUGGGGGUAGUUUGGGUGGAGCACAGAGACAGUUGCAUUCAGAGCCUAUGGACACAGAGGAGGCGGGUGGCAGUGGUAUUCAAACGGACAAGGCCGUCGCUACUGCUGGAGCCGUUAAAAAGGACAAAGAGUUUGACAAAGACGCAGCAAUGUGCAGUAUCAUUGACGAGAUGACUUGAUGUUUUGGGUUUUUUUUGUUUUGUUUUUGUUUUUUUUGGUCUUGUAUUACAUGUGGUGUUUACUGUCUAUGUUCUGUGUACUGAAAAAAAGAGUGACUGCAUAUUUCGGAUGAAAAGCGCUGACGUCUUGGCCAUAAACUGAACCUUUUUUCUGCUAAUUGAACACAUGAAGUGUGUAGCAGACCUCUUUUUUUAAUAGAGGACUGAUUAGUGUUAUUGUCCACUCUCAAAUUUACGCGUGGAUCAAUACAUUGCCAACUUCUCCUUUAAUAAAGCAGUUGCAUAAACACGGGUA